AUGCCUUGGUCAAAGGUCCGCGAAGGGAGAUACGAGCGCGCCGUGGGCGAGAAUGAGACGUUCAUCAAGAUCCUCGGCGAUGCCGCGCUUCCACUCAAUCGUGAGCAUUGGGCUAUCAAUAUAAUUGCUGCCAUCACACCCACCGGCUCCCUCGCCCAGGAAAAUCUCUCAUCUCUCUUCCGGGACGCUUGGAAGGCACUUCGCUUCAAGCAUCCGACGAUCGCGGCUUACAUCGUGGAUCAGACAAAUUAUGUCUACGACGUCCCGGAUGCCGCAGCCCUGGAGAAAUGGGCAUCCGAAACGUUCCACGUGGUCGAGGAUAAAACGGCCGAUGAGUUGGUCGCUUCGAUCACCGUCAGUCCCUACGCGACCAUGUACUACCUCCCCAAGACAAACGAGGUACUAGGUCACUCGCAGCACUGGCGAACCGACGGGGUCGGCGGGUUGCUGCUCAUGGACGACUUCCUAGCCCUAGCGGCUUCGUCUCCAGCCAGCCUGCCAUGGGGUGAGGAGGUUUCUCGGCUGGCACCGUCAAUCGAAGAAGCCGCAGGAAUUUCUACGAGCCCGUCUGAAGCCGACAAAGAACUCGGCGCAAAGUGUGUGGGCAGCUUCGGCCAUGCGGUCGGUGCCAUCGGGAUUUCGUCACCUAGCCCGCAGGACACGGUCCCUGGUGGUACACGUAUUGCCCGUCUUCACUUGUCUGAGCAAGAGACCCAGGCUAUUGUCCAGGCGUGCAAGGCUCGCAGCAUCUCGGUGACGGCUGCAGUGCAUGCAUCGAUUGCCGCUGCCAACUACGCACUGGCUGUACCGGAGGACCAGGAGAAGCAUUAUACCAGCACAAUCCGGUACAGCUUUCGUCCAUUCCUGUCGGAGCCAUACUCUGGCCGGGAGUACGCGUCGGUCAUUUUCACGACCGGGUGGAUGCUUCCUGUGUCUGCCUCAUCGUCGUGGGAGGAGAGAGCCAGACUGUAUCAUGACGAGUACCGCAAGGGCCUGAGCAAAGAAUAUAUCUCGGCACAUCGCGAGUACGCCAUCGGGCUGUGCAACCUGCUUCGCAGCUUGCCGGCGGGAGCCCCGUCGCCAACGGACGUUGAUAUUAGCAGUCUUGGUGUGGCUGAGAGGCUGUUAGGCCGGGAGAAAGGAACUGAAGCGAGAGGAAUUCGCGUCGACCGAGUGUCGGGCGGGUUGGAAAUGAUGAGCAGGCAAUGUGUAUGCCAUGUCUGGACGUUCCGUGACCAGCUCUGUUUGAAUUUGGUGUACAACGAGGCUUUUUACGAAAAGGCAGUGAUGGAUGGCUUUGUCGCGCGGGUUAGGGAGUCUUUGCUCAAAGAAUUGACUGCGUAG